AAACGGUUGUUUUGAUGGGUAUGAAAUGUGGUUUCCUACGAGCUUUGGUACAUUUUCUGAGAGCAAACCGCCGAGGUUUACUGCAAGCUGUGAACUGAGAGUUUGCCCAUCAACUGUUUGAUGAAAUGCCCAGACGAAAAUAUUGACCACAAGAGAAAAUUUUAAGUAUUUCAUGCUGUGUGCACUUUUUGGUUAGACGCUAAUGGCCUUGCUGGGUGAAGACAAAAGCAGCGACAGGAAAUUUUCGUUUUAUUAUUGUUGUUGUUGCUAUUUUGUUAGUAAGCCACUAUGUAUGUGAGUGGCUGUGCUUGCGUGAGCGUUGUUAUUAGGAGGUACUCUGGUUUUUAGUCCAUUGUUGGCUGGAGUUGAGAGCUUCCGGUGAGUUCUGUUGGAGAAGAAGCACACAGCAGUAGCUGCGUUCUGGUCAUUGGAGACGAUGAUGAAAUUUCGGGGGGUGUGAAUAAGUCCACGAUUUUUCCUUGGCAUGUCUUGUGCAAAACUUGUCACAAACUCCCUCAUAUCUGUGUAGAAGAACGCAUGAUCAGACUUUUAAGCCGUCGAGAGCUACAAUGGACAAAUUCCUGCCGACUCUUUAAACUCCUUGCUUUUGUACGGUCUCAACAAUAUGGGUUCUCAUUUGUGUCUGCUCAAUUGGCCCAAGAAGAAGAAGAGUCCUUGAUCAGCUGCAAAAUGCCACCUUUCACUCCACGAGUAUCCAAUUCUCAUGCAUAUGCUAAUAUUCUCCAGAAUUGUGUUGAAAACAGUGAACCCAUCAGGGGAAAAGCCACUCAUUGUGAUAUAAUAAAGCGAGGGGGCUGUUUAGACUUAUUUGCAAGAAACGUUUUGCUGAAUUUGUACGUAAAAUGUGAAUUAUGGUAUGAUGCUCGACAGCUAUUUGACGAAAUGCCGGAUAGGAACGUUGUUUCAUUUGUUACUUUAAUUCAAGGCUGUUCAAUGUCCGAAAGAUACAAUGAAGCUGUUCAACUGUUUGGUAGGUUACAUAAAGAAGGUCAUAAGCUUAACCCUUAUGUUUUCACUACUAUCUUGAAGAUGCUUGUGACAAUGGAGUGGACAGAACUUACAUGGAGCAUCCAUGCCUGCAUUUAUAAGCUUGGCUACCAUAAUGAUGCUUAUGUCGGUACUGCUUUGAUUGAUGCUUAUUCUGUUAGUGGGUUUGUUGAUACUGGUAAGGAAGUGUUUGAUGUGAUUGAAGGCAAGGACAUGGUUUGUUGGACUGGAAUGGUAUCUUGCUAUGUAGAGAAUGAUUGUUUCCCUGAGGCAUUAAGUUUGUUUGAUCAAAUGAGGAUGGCGGGGUUCAAGCCAAACAACUUUACGUUUGUGAGCGUAAUAAAGGCUUCUCUUGGAUUAGAUGCGAUGGGCAUGGGAAAGAGUGUUCAUGGGUAUGUCUUAAAGGCAGGUUAUCAGAUGGAUUCUUAUGUAGGUAUAUCCUUACUUGACUUGUAUACUGCAACCGGAGAUAUUGAUGAUUCCAGGCAGAUGUUUGAGGAGAUUCCAAAAGAUGAUGUAAUUCCUUGGAGUUUCAUGAUAGCCAGGUACUCACAGAGUGACCGUUGUGAUGAGGCUUUGGAAUUAUUUUGUCGAAUGAGAGAAUCUUUGGUUGUCCCUAACCAGUUUACUUUUGCUAGUGUGCUGCAAUCAUGUGCAACAAAACAGGCUUUUGACUUUGGGAGGCAAACUCAUUGCCAUGUAAUAAAAGUUGGUCUUGUUUCGGAUGUUUUCGUCUCUAACGCUCUCAUGGAUGUUUAUGCUAAAUGUGGAAAGAUGGACGGUGCAAUGAACUUGUUUGCAGAUGCUGCAAUUAUAAAUGACGUAUCCUGGAACACCAUCAUUGUUGGCCAUGUACAAUUGGGUGAUGCAGAGAAAGCCCUAGAUUUGUUUCUAACCAUGGUUGAUAACAGAGUCCAAGCAAGUGAUGUGACUUGCUCAAGUAUUUUGCGGGCUUGUGCUAGCUUAGCGGCAUUAGAAACAGGUGCUCAGAUGCAUACAUUCAUAAUCAAAACACUUCAUGAUAAAGAUGUUGCUGUUGGAAAUGCACUCAUAGAUAUGUAUGCAAAGUGUGGAAAUAUAAAAGAUGCUCGCCUGGUCUUUGACACAAUGAACAAGCAGGAUACAGUGUCAUGGAAUGCUUUGAUCUCAGCAUAUUCCAUGCACGGUCUUGGUAGCGAGGCUCUGAAAAUCUUUGAGAGGAUGCAGAAAACCGAUGUCAAGCCUAACCAGUUAACUUUUGUUGGUGUACUUUCUGCAUGUAGCAAUACAGGGUCUCUAGAUAAAGGGCAGGCUUAUUUCUCUUCAAUGCUUAAGACCUAUAAUGUUGAACCUUGCGUGGAGCAUUAUACCUGUAUGGUGUCUCUCUUAGGGAAAAUGGGGCAUCUGGACAAGGCAGUGAAGUUGAUUGAAGAAAUUCCAUUUGAGCCAAGUGUUAUGAUCUGGCGUGCUCUGCUUGGAGCCUGUGUUAUCCAUAAAAAUGUUGAGAUUGGGAAGAUCUCUGCCCAACAUGUGCUGGAAAUGGAUCCACAUGAUGAAGCAGCUUAUAUAUUGUUGUCAAACAUAUAUGCCAGUGUUAAAAGAUGGGAAAAUGUGUCUUCUGUUAGGAAAAUUAUGAAGAAGAAACGAGUAAAGAAAGAACCUGGAGCUAGUUGGAUUGAGCACCAGGGAAUAGUUCAUUAUUUCACAGUAGGAGAUGUGUCACAUCCAGACAGAAAAUUAAUUCAGGGGAUGCUGGAGUGGUUGAACUUGAGAUGUAAUAGAGCUGGUUAUAUCCCAAUUUCUGAUGUUAUUUUACUUGAUGUAGAGGAUGAUGAAAAGGCUCGACUUUUGUGGAUGCAUAGUGAGAGAUUAGCUUUAGCAUUUUCUCUUGUGAGAACACCAUCUGGAACACCCAUUCGUAUUAUCAAGAACCUCCGUAUAUGUUUGGAUUGCCAUGCAGUGAUUAAGCUCAUUUCAAAACAAACACAGCGAGAUAUCGUCAUUAGAGAUGUAAACAGGUUUCAUCACUUUGAGGAUGGAAUUUGUUCUUGUGGCGAUUACUGGUGACCUGCCCUUUAUUGGAGGGUUGUCCGGUUAAAUUUUGUACUUCUUCUGUUUCCUCACAAUGAAUUAAGGGAUGAUAUCUAAUUGGAUGGGACUCAUUCACUACUCAGAGACAGUUCACCAGGUUUUGCAACAUUGAAGAUGUCUUAGGACCUUUUCACUCAAAUUUUCCAUUGGCACUAAUGUUGCUUUAGGACAGACUGACAAGGAUCUCUCAUGUUGAGAAGUCUUCUUCGUUCUGUCUAUCGUUGGAUGAAGAGUGGCUCACCUUCAGGACAAGCACUGGUGAUGCCUUCUCUGAUCAGCUGAAUAUUUCCAAAGCUGUCAGUUCACCUUGUGCUGUGACUGCGAAGAUAUCUUAGGACUUUUUCACUCAAAUUUCCCAUUGGCACUAUUGUUGCUUUAGGACAGACUGACAUCAAUCUCUCGUGUCAAGAAGUGUUCUUCAUUCUGGGUAUUGUUGGGUGAAGAGUGGCUUACCUUCAGGAUGAGCAAUGGUGAUGCCUUCUCCAGUCAGCUGAAUCUUUCCAAAGUCGUCGAUGUUCUGGGAUUCGCUAUCUCUUUUAGAAUUGAAAACAAUCUGGCAGGUCUGGAACAACCCACAUCCUUCAUAAAAUUGAAAACCAUUUGUUGGCAUUGCAGUGCUUGUGCCUAAGUGGCUAUUCUUAUCAUUUAUAGCCUUUCCGUAUCUUGAGCCUUGGCUUUGUUCUGUGAAAGAGGAUUUUAAGUUGGAAUAAUGGAGUUGAGCAGUACUGAAUGAGGAGGAAGAGAAUUGUCAUAGUUCCAAGAGGCUAUAAACUUCUCCUGGACAUUCUUUCCUUUUCGCCUACGCCAGAUGCAGUUAAGACUCUCCUUUUUCGAAGACCUGGGAAUCUCUGUACUGAAAUACGGGUUCUUGAUUUUGCUGAAUGCUUAUCUACGAGUUGAUGAUGAUUUAUAAUUCUGAGAAAACCCCCAAGACAACGAAAAAAUUCAUGAAUUUAAUCUGUCAUGUGUUGUAAAAUCAAAGGGAGUAUCCCUUUCGGACUAAUCUCCUUGCGCCUGUGCACUUGCUCCUAAGAUACACAAGACGGUAAAAGGAGUUGAACCGCGACCACACGGUGCCAGGACCUAAUGAGGUUACCCCAACACCAGCCGAGCCGACCCCGGGGGCUGUCUCUCUUUCUCUCUCGUUGUGCAGUUUCUUUCCCUUUUCUUUUGUGUCCUCCCUCUUGCUAUCAAAUGAAUAACAUUUUCACCUUCUUGACUCUAUAUAGCCCAUUUGUUGAGCAUAUUUCUCACUACCACAUGCGCGAGUCAGACUUGGGCUCUCCCUAUUUUCGUCCGCGUCUCCUUGCCUUUUUUUUUUCUUUCUUUUAGAGUGGAUUAGUUUAUUUUUAAUAUUUAUCAAAGUUAUGUUCUUACUUCUUAGAGACCAUCAAGUUUUGAGUGUGGGAUUGUAGAGAAAGUGGAUUCCACUUGCUCUUUCAGUCUUGUUAUUUUAAUCCCUUUUUGCACCCCUCAAAUUAUUACUCUACUAUUUACCACAUGAAUGAAAUGUGAGCCGUUUGUAAUACAUCAGCACUUAUGGUUCA